AUGGACGCCGACGAUUGCCUCGUCAUCCACAACGUUUCCAGCCUCGGUGGCUUCCUUGGCCGCACGCUCCCAGUGUCGUUGAAGACCUUGAACUGGAACGUGGCCUUUCACCGAGUCGUCGACAACGCCACGCUGGAAGAGCUUGCGACCGCCGUCGCCCACACGCAGCUCGAGCGCCUCGACUGCAGCGUCGUGAGCCAGCUCGCGACACGGAAGCUGCUCAUGCAGACGCUUGCGACGACGUGCCCACAUCUCGAGAGUCUCCAUGUCGACGAUCAUUAUCUGACGCGCGACGGGGCCACCGCUGCUCUCACUGGCGUCUUGGGAUUACCCCACAUGACGACACUCACCCUCUCGAUGUGUCUGCUGGAUGUGAUGCUCGUACUCGCGGAGCUCGUUGCUGCGGGCCGCCACCUCCGCCUCCUCGCCUUGACGACCCUCGGACGGCCCAACGACGAAGCGGAAAAGCGCGCGACCUGUCGGGCACUAGCACGCGUCCACGACGUCCCAUUUGUGCUCGAGACGCUGCCAGCAACGAUGGGCAAAUUCGUGAUCGACGCGCUGACUCCACGCGCCGACCGUCACCAGUGUGGAUUGCGUCUCUAAACACUACGGAUGCUAACUAGUACAUGUAGUACAAUCUCCUAUCGUUGAUGGACCUAGCGCUGGUUCCGUCUUGCGU